AUGAAAAAAGCGCCCGCAGCUGCGCCAACUUCCUCGAAUAAAGGGGAAAAGGCCUUUGAGAGCGGCGAAAAGGUGAGUGCGGAGUUUUUUGCGAUCACGUAUGGUGCGCUGGUGCAGCAGAUGGUGGCCGACCUGACGCAGGAGGAGGAUGUGGAGACGAUCAAUCAGCAGUUGGACGCGAUGGGGCGGCGGAUUGGGUCGCGACUUGUUGAGGAGUACAGCGUACGCAGUGAGACGCCCGCCUGCCGCACCUUUGCACAGGCGGCGGACGGGGUUGCGUUGGUCGGGCUGCGCAUGUUCCUUAACGUCACAGCGACCGUAGAGCCGGUGCGGGAGGCGGGCACGGAUACCUUCGCCAUUAAGUUUGCUGAAAAUCCACUGGCGCUCUUCGUGGAGCUGCCGGAGGGCCCCCUGCGAGAGCGACUGUGGUACUCCAAUGUCAUCUGUGGCGUCAUUGUUGGGGCGCUCGGGAUGGUUGGGUUUUUAGCGGAGGCGACGUUUGUGCAUGACACGCUGCGCGGGGAUGCGACGAAUGAGAUUUUGCUCUGCUUCAAAGGCAGGGAGAAGGAGACGUUUCAGGUGGAGCGGUAG